AUGGCAACGAGCAAGAUUUCUGAAAGUUGUGUGUGUAUUGGUCUUCUUGCUUUAACCAGUGUGACCUAUGCACUCGGAAACUCAGGUAUUGCUGGAAAGCACAGGAUUUCGGUGGCGCAAUCGUCAGAUCAAGCGCCAGAUCAAGCGAUCUCUGACGUCGUGUGUUUGAUUCUCGCUGCAGAUUUGUGACAUUCAUGUGAAAAGUCAUCCGGCCGAUCCUUACUUCCAGUUGCGAACUGAGCUGAAUUACUGCCGACACAGAUCGAGGCAGUAUCUGAGCACGGAGCACAGCUAUGACCCCAACCAGGGGCAUAACCGCGGGGGUUUGGGAGCAUUGGGGUCUGGCCGCAGUAACUUCGUAAUGAUUUCAUCUAUGACAUAAAAUAUACAAAAUCUGUGGCUCAUUAUCAUAAAACGUGUCAGAAAUGACAAUGCAUGAUGUAGCGUUUCGCAAACGCUAAAACAGAAACAAUUUUCCAGAAGACCAUGCAUGCCCCCAGAUGGCCGAACACCAUAGCUGUUCUGCGUAUCCUGACAAAUUUGGUAGACAAUAAACUGUCAGUCUGUCAUGGACAUAUAUAUAUAUAUAUAUAUAUAUAUAUAUAUAUAUAUAUAUAUAUAUAUAUAUAUAUAUAUAUAUAUAUAUAUAUAACAGACGUCUCUAAAAUCCAAAUCUAUAUAUAGACAUGUAAUAAUGAAUAGUCAUGUAGAUAAAAUUUGAUUUGAUUUGCAAGUUGAAAUUCUUUUUACUGUUCUAGUUAUUCUCUCGUAUUCGAUGCCAGUUGGACAGGCAACCCUCUAUCGAAAAGCACACUACAUCGACGAGUCUUAUAAUGGAGUAAUUAUCAAUAACGUUUACAAAGAUGGCACUGGAAUACUUACAGAUGGCCAGUUUGGCCCUGUUAAGACAAAAUCAUUAAAAGGCAAAGGAUGGGUAGGAUGGUCUAGCAGGUUUACUAAAUCACAAUACAUUAACAUUACAUUUGAGUUUUCUGGUGUGAGAAAGUUUACAGAUGUUACACUAACUGUGAAUGUCAAGAAACGCGGUCAUGCUGUAUUUAAUAGAUCAUGGGUAUUCUUUGCUUCAACCGCAGACGGUUUCUCAAACACAUCAUUUCUUCAGCAAUGUCCAAGAGGUUUUCCAGGAAAAAAAAGCAAUACAAUGCAAAUGUAA